GCUUUUGAAAGGACUGGGUGUUUCAACUCUUUGUGUCCUGGCAUCGUACAAAUUAGUCAAAAACAUUAUAUGGGCGAGGCACUGAAGAUCUCAAAAUAUGGCGCAUCUCGACAGUAUGUUUUGGACAGACUCAUUUUUAAGGAUCCAAAAACAGGAAACUGGUGGAUAGUGGGUAAUCCAAGGAGUAAACAAAAGUCUUUCAUUGAAUACUGGCCAAAGUCCAUAUUCACAACCAUGGCUGAGUUUGCUUCAGAGAUACAGUUUGGAGGAGAUGUUUAUAGCCCUAUAAGCGAGCCUGCCCCACCAAUGGGUAGUGGGGAUUUCAAUAAUAAUUUCAAAAGGACAUGUUAUAUUAGUCGCAUUCGUCUUGUUGAUUCAUCAAAUGCACUGUUCGAACCCGAAAAUAUAAGUAUUCAAGCAUUUACAGACAAACCUAGUUGUUACCAGGUGAGUUAUGAAGGAUUCACAGGUGAGUUUGAAAGAUAUGCUAUGCUGUUUGGGGGACCUGGAGGCCCAGCUUGUAAUGCUAAAUGA